AUGCGGAUUAUGGCGGUUUCUCCAAAUUCCCCAAACCUUAAACCCACGAUCGAAUCCUCUCGUCAAUCGCCAUCGUCUUCUUCGCUGGAAUCUGUUCUAGGUUUCAUGAACACUUGUUUCUGUUGAUACUUAUUAUCCUCUCAUCUGCUAAUUGUUUGAAUUUCGUGAUCACUUAUAUCCAACAAUGGAAGUCCAAAAAGAACCCGAAGAUAAUUCUCCUUAUAGAACUUCAAAAUUGGAUGGAACUGUGAACUGGGGUACAGCAACUAUAGUUGGAGUAUUUGCCGGAAUGUUAUAUGGAGGCAUGAAGGAAGCCUCUGCUUCUGUUAGCAAGGAUGCAGAAGUAACACUGAAGCUAGGUAGUACGAGUGACAAACGGGAACAAUAUCGAUUAAUGAGAGAUGCAAUGGAGAAACGGUUCAUUAGAAUCACACGCGGUUCAAUUGUUGGUGGUGUUCGCCUUGGAGUGUUUAGCGCUACGUUUUAUGGCUUGCAAAAUAUUCUUGCUGAUAAAAGAGGAGUUCAUGACGUUUAUAAUGUUGUUGGAGCUGGUUCCGCUACUACUGCUACAUUCGGUCUAAUCAUGCCCGGAUCACUUGCUUGGCGUGGAAGAAACGUACUGUUGGGAUCGGUUUUGGGUGCAGCAUUUUGUUUCCCUUUAGGUUGGCUGCAUCUGAAACUAGUGGAGAAAGCAAACGAAAAGGGCCCAGUUUUGACUGAAAGCAACAACGCAAAGCCGAGUGUAGGCGCUGCAAUCAAAGGGCUUGGAGGGAAUACGAAUGAUCAAUAAGGGGACUCGGAAAUUGUAAAAGCGGACAUGUUUUUCGUGUGGUCAUUAUAUGAUUAUGUUGGAUAUGAAGUCCGGUUUGAUGAUGACGAUGAUUCGUAUGGUCUAAAUUCGGACAUUCGGUAACGGGCCGGUGAAAGCUCGUUAACAUAGUUGAGGAGUGUAGUUUUGAUGUCGACUUGUUUUGCUAUUUGGUUCUUUUAUUUUUCUUUUUUAAUAAAAGGUGCCUCUUUGGCUUUGUCAUGUAAUAAGAUCUAGCAAGGAACGUAAGAAUGUUUUUCAGAUAAUAUUCUAUACUAUUUAUUCUGUUGCCUGCUUU